AUGCCUCCAGGCCCCGAGGUCCCGGUGCAGGUGUGGGUGGACGGCCAACUCUUCCAGGCCGAGCAGUCGCUGCUGGUGGAGCACUGCGGCUUCUUCCGCGGGCUUUUCCGCUCUGGCAUGCGGGAGGCGCGCGCGGCCGAGGUGCGUUUGGGCGCACUGAGCGCCGCGGGUUUUGGCACCGCGCUGCGGGUGCUGCGCGGAGAGCGGCCGGCGCUGGUGGCGGACGAUGAGCUGCUGCAGGCGGUGGAGUGCGCCGCGUUCCUGCAGGCGCCCGCGCUCGCGCGCUUCCUGGAGCACAGCGUCACGUCGGACAACUGCUCGCUGCUGUGCGAUGCGGCCGCCGCCUUCGGCCUGCGCGACGUGCUCCAUAGCGCUGCGCUCUUCAUCCGCGACGGAUCACACGAGCUGGUGGCAGAGCUGGAGCUGCCCGAGGCCCGAGCCUACGUGGCGGCUCUGCGACCCAGCACAUAUGUGGCGGUGAGCACGCACACACCCACACCCGGCUUCCUAGAGGACGCGUCGCGCACCAUGUGCUUCCUGGACGAGGAGGAGGACGCGUGGCGCACGCUGGCCGCGCUGCCUCUGGAGGCCAGCACGCUGCUGGCGGGCGUGGCCACCCUGGGCAACAAGCUCUACAUAGUGGGGGGCGUGUGUGGCGCCAGCAAGGAAGUAGUGGAGCUGAGCUUCUGCUAUGACCCGGAAGGUGGCACUUGGUGCGAAUUCCCCAGCCCGCACCAACCCCGCUAUGACUUGGCGCUGGCUGGCUUCGAAGGCCGCCUCUAUGCCAUUGGUGGCGAAUUCCAGAAGACACCCAUGAGCUCCGUGGAGUGUUAUGAUCCGGCUACAGGUUGCUGGAGCUUCGUGGCGGACUUGCCACAGCCAGCUACAGGGGUUCCCUGCGCCCACGCGCGUGGCCGCCUCUUCGUGUGCCUGUGGAGGCCGGCAGAUGUCACUGCCGUGGUGGAGUAUGUGGUGCAGAUGGACAAGUGGUUGCCGGUGGCUGAACUGUGUCGUUCGCAGAGCUACGGUCACUUUAUGGUGGCCCAUCGCGACAGUCUCUAUGUAGUACGAAACGGACCUUCCGAUGAUUUCCUGCACUGUGCCAUCGACUGCCUCAACCUGGUCACCGGCCAGUGGACAUCGCUACCUGGCCAAUUUGUCAACAGCAAAGGAGCGCUCUUCACGUCUGUAGUGCGUGGGGACACCGUUUAUACUGUCAACCGUGUAUCCACGUUGGUCUAUGCCAUUGAAGAUGGCACCUGGAGGCUGCUCAGGGAAAAGGCUGGGUUUCCUCGGCCUGGCUCUUUACAGACCUUUCUUCUGCGGCUGCCUCCUGGCACUACUGGGCCUGUGGCCACCGCGCUGCCAGAGUUGUGA